AUCCUAAUGUUUGUAGUGGAAGAUAUUUCAGAAGAGGAGCUCUACAGAUACACAAGGAAUCGCUGGAUAUACAAUGAAUCACUACAACUGUCAAAAAGAUAUCUCAAAUUUGACCUCCAACAACUCCUGAAAGCUGCAGUUACAGCGGUGUCUAGCGAGGGUGCCCGUUAUUGCACUCGAGUUCUCAAGUGUCGUGAAGGGCUUAAUAAUAAAGUUUACCUUCUUACAAUGGAUAAUGGCUCAGAGGUCCUUGCAAAGCUCCCAAAUCCGAUUGCGGGGCCUGCUUAUUUUACAACGGCGUCAGAAGUAGCUACCCGCGAAUUUCUACGCGAUGUAUUAGAUAUUCCUACUCCUCGUGUCAUUGCCUGGUCUGCUGAUCCAAACAAUUCAGUUGGUGCAGAAUACAUCUUAGAGGAAAAGGCCCCAGGCAAACCAUUAGGCAGUCUUUGGUAUCAAUGGCCCAUGAAGCACAGGCUUAAAAUGAUAUCGCAGAUUGUGGAGAUAGAGCGGAAGCUCGCAUCCACAAAAUUCGUGAAAUCUGGUUGCAUCUAUUUUAGGAGCGAUAUUUCAGAGGAUAUGUCCAGCGAUAUCACCCUAACAACUGGUGUGCCAAUACACUCGUCGGUACAUGAACGUUUCAAGUUAGGGCCGCUCGUCUCAAGCGGGCUGUGGCGGGGUGAUAGGGCUGGCAUGGACAUGAAUAGGGGACCCUAUAACGGACCGCUUGAAUUUGUAGAGGCUAUGGCUACAAAUGAGAUAAAGUUUAUCAAAACCUAUGCCCAUCCUCGUAUGAAUUAUCAUCGGUCCUCCAUAGAACCUGAGUUGCCCGAGGAGGUGCUUGAUCUCUUAGAUCGGUAUCUUCAACUCGCUCCAGCUAUAGUGCCUCCCCCAGGGACGGACGAUACACACUCUCCAACGCUUUGGCAUCCAGACCUCCAUCUUGACAAUGUAUUCGUCGACCCCGAUUCAAAGCAAAUCACUCGCAUAAUUGAUUGGCAAUCAGCUGCCAUUAUGCCCCUCUAUUACCAAUGUGGUGUCCCGAGAAUGUUUCACCAUCCAAGAACAGUCGGUGAUGGUUGGGCCUUGUCCAAGCUUCCAGAGGAUUAUGACAGCCUCGACCAAAGCGAAAAGGCAAAGAUUGACAGUGACCGGAAGAGCGAGGCUUGCCAUAAAUAUUACGAGGCUGAGACCAAGAGCAAAAACCCGAGGCAUUGGGCUGCCCUGCAACUGGAAAAUGCCGAUAUGCGAAUAGAACCAUCACGCCUUGUUAUUAACGUAUGGGAGGAUCACGAUGUAUUUUUCCUUCGCCGGGCACUGCUUUCAAUUGUCGAGCAAUGGCAAGACCUUUGUCCGGGGUCUGAUAUAUGUCCUGUGAGCUUUACCGAGCAGGAACUUGCAGUACACGCGGCCGAAGAGGAGAGUAUGAGUAACGUUGGUGAAAUAUUAAGGCUCUUUCGGGAGAAUUGGGGACUGCCUUCAGAUGGGAUGGUAGAUCCAACCGAUUAUGACCGGAUACGGAUUGCUGUGGCGGAGCUCAGAGAUUCAUUUAUUGAGGAUGCUGAUAAUGACGCGGAAAAGGAACUCUUCGCGAGGCUAUGGCCGUAUCAGGAUGCGGACAGCUAAGAGACGAGUGU